GGUAGUGGCACCAAUGAAGAGCCUGCAGACUCGCUAGUGCACGUCCCGGACCUGGCGCAGCACAGUCGUGUAAGAUAAUGGCCCAGCAAGCGAAUAUCGGGGAGCUCCUGUCCAUGCUGGACUCCCCCGUGCUGAGUGUGCGUGAUGAUGUGACAGCUGUCUUUAAAGAGAACCUCAGCUCUGACCGUGGUCCGAUGCUCGUAAACACCUUGGUGGACUAUUACCUGGAAACCAAUUCUCAGCCGGUAUUGCACAUCCUGACUACCUUGCAAGAGCCGCAUGACAAGCACCUCUUGGACAAAAUGAAUGACUGUAUGGGCAGAGCCGCCUCUCGGCUGCCUGCGCUGUCGCUGCUGGGGCACGUCAUCAGACUGCAGCCGCCUUGGAAGCACAAACUCUCUCAAGCACCUCUUUUGCCUUCUUUACUCAAAUGUCUCAAGAUGGAUACGGAUGUUGUCGUCCUCACAACAGGUGUCUUAGUGUUGAUAACCAUGCUACCAAUGAUUCCACAGUCGGGGAAGCAGCACCUUCAUGAUUUCUUUGAUAUUUUUGGCCGUCUUUCGUCGUGGUGCCUGAAGAAGCCAGGCCACGUGACAGAAAUCUAUCUUGUCCAUCUCCAUGCCAGUGUUUAUGCUCUCUUUCAUCGCCUCUACGGAAUGUACCCUUGCAACUUUGUCUCCUUUCUACGCUCUCACUACAGUAUGAAGGAGAACUUGGACACUUUUGAAGAAGUGGUCAGGCCAAUGAUGGAGCACGUGCGAAUUCACCCGGAAUUAGUGACUGGAUCCAAGGACCACGAACUGGACCCUCGAAGGUGGAAGAGAUUAGAAACACAUGAUGUUGUAAUAGAGUGUGCCAAAAUCUCUCUGGACCCUGCAGAAGCCUCGUACGAAGACGGCGACUCCGUGUCCCCGCAGGUGUCCGCGCGCUUUCCUCAUCGUGCGGCCGAUGUGGCCGCCAGCCCUUACGUCGACACGCAGAAUAGCUGUGGGAGUGCUACCUCGACCCCUUACUCCAGCUCUUGGCUGAUGUUGUUAAACAUGCCCGGGCAGCCACCUCAGACUCUGAGUCCCCCAUCGACACGGCUGUUGACUGAGCCGCCGCAAGCUACUCUUUGGAGCCCAUCUAUGGUUUGUGGUAUGACCACUCCUCCAACUUCUCCUGGAAAUGUCCCACCUGAUCUGUCACACCCUUACAGUAAAGUCUUUGGUACAACUGCAGGUGGAAAAGGAACUCCUCUGGGAACCCCAGCAACAUCUCCUCCUCCCGCCCCGCUCUGCCACUCGGACGACUACGUGCACAUUGCCCUCCGGCAGGCCACAGCCACACCCCCCAAGAAGGAAGAGAAAACAGAUUCAGCAAAGCCCUGUCUGCACAGACAGCCCCAUCUCCCGAACGACAGAGGAUUAGAAGAGCUACCUGGCAGCAAAGGUUCUGUCACUCUAAGUGACCUUCCAGGGUUUUUAGGGGACCUGGCCUCCGAAGAAGAUAGCGUUGAGAAAGCUAAAGAAGAAGCGGCGAUAUCUAAAGAACUCUCUGAGAUCACGACGGCCGACACCGAGCCCCUGGUUCCUCGAGGAGGCUUUGACUCUCCCUUCUACCGGGACAGUCUCCCGGGCUGUCCUCGCAAGAACCAUUCGGCCACCUCUGGUGCUCAGGGUGCCAGUGUGAACCCUGAGCCUUUAAACUCCUCCCUGGACAAGCUUGGGCCUGACACACCAAAGCAAGCCUUUACUCCCAUAGACCCGCCCUGUGGAGGCGCCGACGAAAGCCCUGCUGGGAACAGGGAGCGCCAGACUUCGCUGGAGACCAACAUCCUCACUCCCAGCCCUUGUAAAAUUCCACCUCAGAGGGGAGUGGGGUAUGGAAGUGGGCAGCCUCCCCCUUACGAUCAUCUUUUUGAGGUGGCAUUGCCAAAGACCGCCCAUCAUUUUGUCAGCAAGAAGACCAAGGAACUGUUAAAGAAAGCAAAAGGAAAUGCAGAAGAAGACUAUCCGCCCUCGACCUCCCCCGCGGAAGUCCUGGAUAGACUGAUCCAGCAGGGAGCAGAUGCACACAGCAAGGAGCUGAACAAGUUGUCUUUACCCAGCAAGUCUGUCGACUGGACCCACUUUGGAGGCUCUCCUCCCUCAGAUGAGAUCCGCACCCUCCGUAACCAGUUGCUUUUACUGCACAACCAGUUACUCUAUGAGCGUUUUAAGAGGCAGCAGCAUGCUCUCCGGAACAGGCGGCUCCUCCGCAAGGUGAUCCGGGCGGCGGCGCUGGAGGAACACAACGCUGCUAUGAAAGACCAGUUGAAAUUACAAGAGAAGGACAUCCAGAUCUGGAAGGUUAGCGUGCAGAAGGAGCAGGCCCGGUGCAGCCAGCUGCAGGAGCAGCGAGACACGAUGGUGACCCAGCUCCACAGCCAGAUCCGACAGCUGCAGCACGACCGGGAGGAGUUCUACAACCAGAGCCAGGAGCUGCAGACGAAGCUGGAGGACUGCAGGAACAUGAUUGCAGAGCUGCGUCUGGAAUUGAAGAAAGCCAACAGCAAAGUGUGCCACACCGAGCUGCUGCUCAGUCAGGUGUCCCAGAAGCUCUCAAACAGUGAGUCGGUCCAGCAGCAGAUGGAGUUCUUGAACCGGCAGCUCUUGGUCCUUGGAGAGGUCAACGAGUUGUAUUUGGAACAACUGCAGAGCAAGCACUCAGACACCACAAAGGAGGUAGAAAUGAUGAAAGCUGCGUGUCGGAAAGAACUAGAAAAAAACAGAAGCCACGUUCUCCAGCAGAAUCAGAGGCUCGAUACCUCCCAGAAACGGAUUUUGGAACUGGAAUCUCACCUGGCCAAGAAAGACCACCUUCUUUUGGAGCAGAAGAAAUAUUUAGAGGAUGUCAAAGUCCAGGCAAGAGGACAGCUGCAGGCUGCAGAGAGCAGGUAUGAGGCUCAGAAAAGGAUCACCCAAGUGUUUGAGUUGGAGAUCUUAGAUUUAUAUGGCAGAUUGGAGAAGGACGGCCUCCUGAAGAAACUUGAAGAAGAAAAAGCAGAGGCAGCUGAAGCGGCAGAAGAAAGGCUUGCCUGUUGCAAGGACGGCUGCUCGGAUUCCGUAACAGGGCACAGCGAAGAGGCAUCUGGCCACAAUGGCGACACCAAGCCCCCCCGACCCGGCGGCAGCGCGCGGGCCAGUGGCGCGAGUAGAGGGGGUGGAGGUGGCCGCGGCGGCAGCAGCAGCGAGCUUUCAACCCCGGAGAAACCCCCCAUCCAAAGGGCCGGCCUGUUCAGCAGUCGUUGGGAAACUACUGUGGGAGAGUCUGCCACCAGCAUCCCCACGACUGUCGGCUCCCUUCCCAGUUCAAAAAGCUUCCUGGGCAUGAAGGCGCGAGAGUUAUUUCGUAAUAAGAGUGAGAGUCAGUGUGAUGAGGACAGCGUGACCAUCAGUAGCCUUUCUGAGACGCUAAAGACAGAACUGGGCAAAGACCCGGGUGUGGAAGCCAAGACCCCCCCGAACCUCGACGGCCUGCACCCCUCCCCCCCGAACCUGGACAGUGUUGGACAGCUCCACAUCAUGGACUACAACGAGACUCAUCAUGAACACAGCGAAGGAUGACGGUCACUCGGUGUUAACUUGCAGGUUGCUGGCGUAGAACAGGAGGUGUGAAUGCACGUUCCCAGGCUUUCCUGUCUCCAGGGUCUGGGUGGCUAGCUCAUGUGGUGGAAAUGGGAUGGAGGUCCUUUUGACAGUUGACUGAAUGCAGAACGGUUUUUGGAUCUGGCAUUGAAAUGCCUCUUAACUUUCCCCUGAGCCCACUCCCCAGCCUGUCUUUAUUUACCCAGCAGUGUGGACUAAUCCGAGGGCCAGUUUGCGUUCCUCAGUAGCUUUAUUUUCUUCCUUCCCCCACAAUGGUUGCGCCCUUUGAACCUGUGCAAUAUGAGGCCAAAUUUAAUCUUUGAGUCUAACACACCACUCUCUCCUUCCCUGAAACUUGGAGAAUGGGUUGGCUGUCCGUUAGCCCAGGUAACUGGUGGUGUUGCAGGUAAGUCUCGUUUUGUCCCUUUCCACAGGGAUGUAUGUAGCUUGCGAAGCCGGUCGACUUCAUGUGGAAGCUUUUCACAUGAGACUUUGUCACCGCUUUUUGGUUCUGAAGUGCAGCCUCUCUAGCAGCAGAUCUAGAGAAACAAUUGUUUAUUCCCCCUUACGUUCUUUUGGCGGUUCUGAUAAGCUUCCUAGAAAGUUCUGUGUGAACAAACGUCUGUUCUUAGAGGAGUCUGGAGCUGGCACCAUGGAGACCAUCCUUUUCCUUUGGGAAUGCUCUGUCCCUCCUUCCCCGCUACCUCUUAUUUAUUUGGUGUUUGCUAGAAAGCUGGGACUGCUCUGACCAGGCCGGCGUAGGGGUGGUAAAACCCGCUCUCUGCAGGAGGGGAGGUUGGUGGCUUGAGCAGUUGCCUGAGAAGCCCUUGUGGACCAGGAACUGCCCCUCGGGCAGGGCUGUGCUAGCUGAGCCUCGGGGUUCACCCCUCCCUUUGUGUUUCCGUGAGCCUCUCGUUUGUGUCAGC